AUGCUUCUCCCACGAUCGCUCCGUCUCACCGUGAAGGGAUCAAGAUCUUUCGCGACCACGAGACAUGCUUCAAGACAACCGAGUUAUACAUGUUAUCUAUCCGCCGCUUACUCACCAAAAAAACACCGGAAAACACCGACACAGGAUCCUGAGGUUCCAGAUACGGGCGAGGAUGCAUUUUUCCUUACAUCUAUGGCCGAUGCGGACGCAGUUGCGCUCGGAGUAGCGGACGGCGUAGGCGGCUGGUCAGACAUCGGUGUCGACCCCUCCCUCUUCUCCCGAGCCCUUUGCGAAGAUCUAGAGACCGAAGCCUCCGCCAUCAAAAAUGUCGCCUCGAGAGCCGGAAGCCCAAAAAGCAUCCUCGAACGUGCAUUCACGAAACUGGUGGAGAGUAAGCGUGUGGAGGCUGGUUCCUCAACCGCGUGCGUCGCCACCAUAGGUCUGAAAACCGGUACACUACGAGUCGCGAACCUGGGAGAUUCGGGCUACCUCCUCUUCCGCCCAUCUCCCUCAACACCCAAAUCUCCCCUAUUCCACGCCUCAUCUCCACAAACCCACUUCUUCAACGCACCACUACAGCUAAGCAUCAUCCCACCCUCGAUCCGGAGUAGUGGGCACCUAACGGAUCACCCGAGUGCGGCGGCCGAGACGACACAUCAACUCCAACACGGAGAUGUAGUAUGCAUCGUCACGGACGGCGUUACGGACAACUUAUCCCCCGAAUCCAUCGCAUCCAUCGUGAGGGAAGAAAUGCGGGUAUGCGGGGCCUGGACAUCCGAUCCCUCACCCUCGGAAUGUACGCCCACUCUCCCCGUUCCCCCCGGAACCGAAGACCACCUCGGUCCCGGCGUCGACGCACUCGCCCGCGCCAUCGUGAUCGCGGCCAAGAAAGCGGGGUGGAAUACGGCGAAUGAAGUUCCGUUUGGACGUGAGGCAAGGAAGUAUGGGUAUGAGUAUGAGGGGGGGAAGCCGGAUGAUAUCACGGUUGUUGUGGGGUUGGUUAGGGAGGUGAGAGAGGAGAGGGAGGGGGGGAAGGGCGAGGGAGAGGAGAUGGGGGGUGGUGGGGGGUGGGAGAAUAAGGCGAGGUUGUAG